AUGCCACAACCAUUGAGUUCUAAGGACGCAUCCUUGUUCCGCCAGGUGGUUCGCCACUAUGAGAAUAAACAACACAAGAAAGGUAUCAAGACCGCGGAGCAAAUUCUUCGGAAGAACCCCAACCAUGGCGAUACCCUAGCAAUGAAGGCGCUGAUUACCAGCAACCUUGGUCAGCAAGAAGAGGCCUUUGCGAUGGCUAAGGUAGCUCUCAAGAAUGACAUGAAAUCGCACAUCUGCUGGCACGUUUACGGUCUGCUAUAUCGAGCGGAGAAGAACUACGAGGAGGCAAUCAAGGCAUACAGAUUUGCAUUGAGGAUUGAGCCGGAGUCUCAGCCUAUCCAACGUGAUCUUGCCCUGCUUCAGAUGCAAAUGCGGGACUACCAGGGAUAUAUCCAGAGCCGAACCACCAUGCUCCAAGCCCGACCCGCUUUCCGCCAGAACUGGACGGCUUUGGCUAUCGCACAUCAUUUGGCUGGAGACCUGGAAGAGGCGGAGAAGGUGUUGACGACGUAUGAGGAGACCUUGAAGACCACGCCGCCAGUUUCCGACAUGGAGCACUCGGAGGCCGUCCUGUACAAGAAUUCGAUUAUGGCCGAGGCAGGCAAACUCGAACAGGCUUUAGAACACCUCGAAACCGUGGGUCACAGAAUUACGGAUGUGCUGGCCGUCAUGGAGAUGAAGGCGGACUACCUUCUGCGGCUUGACAGGAAGGCCGAGGCCGAGGCCGCGUACACUGCCCUUCUCGACCGCAACCCCGAGAACUCGAUGUACUAUGAUGCUCUCAUCAGGGCUAAGGGUAUUCCUGACAAUGACCACACGGCUCUGAAGGCUGUAUACGACUCUUGGGUGGAGAAGAACCCUCGUGGUGAUGCUCCUCGUCGAAUCCCACUGGACUUCUUGGAGGGUGAAGAUUUCAAGCAUGCUGCUGAUGCUUACUUGCAACGUAUGCUCAAGAAGGGCGUCCCUUCUCUUUUUGCGAAUAUUAAAUCCCUGUAUACCAACACUUGGAAACGUGACACUGUGCAGGAGUUGGUGGAAGGCUACGUUUCCGUACCUCAAACCAACGGUUCUGCGGAGGGCGAGGCGAACGGCGACAACAAGGAAUUCCUUUCUUCCUCCCACUAUUUCCUCGCGCAGCACUACAAUUACCAUCUCAGCCGCAAUCUGACCAAGGCCAUGGAGCAUGUUGACAAGGCUAUCGAGCUGUCUCCUAAGGCCGUAGAAUAUCAAAUGACCAAGGCCAGGAUAUGGAAGCAUUAUGGUAACCUCGAGAAAGCGGCAGAGGAGAUGGAGAAGGCUAGACAGCUGGAUGAGAAGGACCGUUAUAUCAACUCCAAGGCCGCCAAGUACCAACUUCGCAACAAUGACAACGAUAAGGGACUUGAAAACAUGAGUAAAUUUACUCGGAAUGAGACUGUCGGUGGUGCGAUGGGCGAUCUUCACGAAAUGCAGUGUGUCUGGUAUCUGACCGAGGAUGGUGAGGCUUAUCUGCGCCAGAAGAAACUUGGGCUUGCGCUCAAGCGCUUCCAUGGAAUUUACAACAUCUUUGACACUUGGCAAGAAGACCAGUUUGAUUUCCAUAGCUUCUCAUUGAGGAAGGGCAUGGUCAGGGCAUAUGUUGACAUGGUCCGCUGGGAGGAUCGCUUGCGCCAGCAUCCCUUCUACACUCGGGCGGCUCUUUCUGCCAUCAGGGCGUACCUGCUUCUCCACGACCAGCCAGACCUCGCUCAUGGGCCCUUGCCCAACGGUGCCGAUGGUGAUGCUGACAGUGCUGAGCGCAAGAAGGCUCUCAAGAAGGCCAAGAAGGAGCAAGAGCGACUGGAGAAGAUUGAGGCCGACAAGAGAGCGGCAAGGAAAGCAGCAAGCACCAAGGGUGGUGAUGGUGAAGUGAAGAAGGAAGACCCUGAUCCGCUUGGCAACAAGCUUGUCCAAACCCAGGAUCCACUGAAGGAGGCAACCAAGUUCCUGACCCCGCUCUUGGAGUUCAGCCCCAAGAGCAUCGAGGCCCAGAAUCUUGGAUUCGAGGUCUAUCUCAGGAGAGGUAAAUAUGCGCUCGCACUCAAAUGCCUCUCGGCCGCCCAUGCAAUUGAUGCUUCCAACCCAACCCUUCACAUUCAGCUUCUCCGUUUCCGCAAGGCAUUGGACGGUCUCUCUGAGCCACUGCCACCUCAGGUGGCUGAGGUUGUAAAUGCCGAGUUUGAGACUUUGCUCCCAAAGGCCCAGAACCUCGAGGAGUGGAACGACUCUUUCCUGUCGACACACAAGGACAGCGCCCCCCACACACAAGCAGGCCUGACAUGCCGACAGCUACUGAAAGCAGACUCCAAGGCGCAGUGUGAGAAAGAUCUCACCGCCUCCCUUGACUCGCAAAUUGACAGCAUUGAGACCGCUCUUGCUGGCCUGCAAUUGUUCGACGAAUGGAAAAGCGACCAGGCCGCAAAGGCCGCUUACGCUGAGAAGGCCAAGAGCAAGUGGCCUGAGUCAUCAGUAUUCCAGCUGAACUAA